AUGUUGGUUUUUAUUUGUAAUAUCUAUCUAUCUAUAUAUCUAUCUAUCUCAGUCUGUUCCUAUCUAUCUAUCUAUCUAUCUAUCUAUCUAUCUAUCUAUCUCAGUCUGUUCCUAUCUAUCUAUCUAUCUAUCUAUCUAUCUAUCUAUCUAUCUAUCCGUCUGUUCCUAUCUAUCUAUCUAUCUAUCUAUCUAUCUAUCUAUCUAUCUCAGUCUGUUCCUAUCUAUCUAUCUAUCUAUCUAUUUUGUCAUUUUUUUUUCUUCGUCUUCAUUCAGUUGGCCAUUUAUGUUUCCCUUUAUUUGAUUCUCUCUCUUCUAUUAUCUUUCAUCUCUGUAUUUCACUUUUAUUUUCGUAGAUGUUUUAUUCUUGCCGUUCUUUUUCAUUUAUCUGUUUCCAUUGUCAAUGUUACCAUUUCCUUUUUCUCUCCUUUUUUAUCUUUCUUCUUCUUCUUCUUCUUCUUCUUUUCUUCUUCUUCUUCUUCUUCUUCUUCUUCUUCUUCUUCUUUUCUUCUUCUUCUUCUUCUUCUUCUUUUCUUCUUCUUCUUUUCUUCUUCUUCUUCUUCUUCUUUUUCUUCUUCUUUUCUUCUUCUUCUUUUCUUCUUCUUCUUCUUCUUUUUUCUUCUUCUUCUUUUCUUUUUCUUCUUCUUCUUCUUCUUCUUCUUCUUCUUCUUUUUCUUUUCUUCUUCUUCUUCUUCUUCUUUUCUUCUUCUUCUUUUCUUCUUCUUUUCUUCUUCUUCUUCUUCUUUUUUUUUUCUUCUUCUUCUUUUCUUCUUCUUCUUCUUCUCACUUUCCUUCCUUCGACCUCUUUUCUGUUUUUAUUUCUUUUACUUUACUGACAUAUUUCACAUUUUCUUUCUCAGUUCAUCACAUUUUUUUUCAGUUUCCUUUUUCUUUAAUUUUUCUCCUUUCUUUAUUUAUGAUUCUCUUUCCUUUCUUCAACAACUUUUCUUUUUUUUUUCUUUUUCCCUUCUCUUUUCUUUCUUUUUCGAUGUACAUUCUUCUUUUCCCCUUUUCUUUUCAUUUCUUCUCACGUUUUUCAGUUUUCUUUUUUUUCGGUUAUUUUUCUCUUUUCUUUAUUCAUAUUUCUCCUUCUUUUCUUCCACUUCUUUUCGUUUUUCUUUCUUUUUUCUUUCUUUUUCUCUCUACAUUUUUCUUUCUCAUUUUCAUUUCAUUUCUUCUCACGUUUUUUUUUGUUUCUUUUUUACUACCAUUUUUCUCUUUUCUUGUUUGUUUUAUUUUUUUUUACGUCUUUCUCUAUUUUCUGUUUAUUCUUUCUUUUCUCAAUUCUCUUCCCUUUCUUCUCCGUUUUUUUUUCUUUCUUUUCUUCCCAAUUUUUCUACUUCAUUAAUUUUCUCUUUUCUUCAUUCUAUUCUUCCAUUUUUUUUUCCAUUUAGCUCUUUUUCUCUUUCUCUUCUCAUAUUUUCUCUUUGCUUUCUCCCUUACUCUUAUUUUUAUUACUUGCUUCUUUUUUUUCUUUUCACUAUCGUUGUGAUUCUUUUUUUCUUCUUAUCAACUUUUCUUCAGCAUUACCUUUCAGUUUCUUUCCUUUUCUUAUUUUAUUUCUGUUUUUCCCCCUUUUUUCUCAUAUUCAUCGUUAUAUUAAACAUUUUCUUUCAGAGCUUCAUUCUUCUCAAUUUUCUUUACUUCUUGUUCUUUUUUUUAAACAGUCAAUUCCUUAACCUGACACACAUCAUCUCUAUCAUAUACAAUGUCCCUCUAAUGUCGACUUCUUUUCUCCUUAACACUUGUAACUUUUAUUUCUCUUUUCUCCUUCUUUUUCUUAACUUUUCAUUCUUCUCUCUCCGAUUUUUCUUACCAUUCUUAUAUUUUCUUUUAUUUAUUUAUUUCUAUUUUUCUUUUAAAUUUUCUCUCCCUCUUUCUUUAUUCACUUCUUUUGGUUUCUUUCUCUUUAUUCUCGUUUCACUUCCUUGUUUUCUUUCUCAUAACCUUCUUCUUCAUCUCUCUUUGUCACUUUCUUCUUUUAUAUCUUUCUUCUCUUCUCUUUACUUUUUUCUUCUCUUUUCCUUUUAUCAUUCUGUUUUCUUUUAUCACAUUUCUUCUUUCUCCUACAUCACUCUCCUGUUUCUUCUUUCUUAUACAUCUUUCUUUUCUCCUCUAAUACCCACUCUUUCUUUCUCUGUCUCUCUUUUUCUCUCUCUAUAA